GUUGAUUACAUACUCUUUGCUUACCAGUACCUACCUAACCUAUUCAACAAAAUUAGUAAAAUUACCUUCUGAAAAAGUUUAUUCGUGAAUUGUGCUUAUAAACUUGGGAUAGUAAUAAAUCAUGUCGUCUCGCGGCCGAGGCUACGGUGGGCGAGGCAACUAUAGCGGGCGUGGUAGCAACUACCGGGGCUCGUACCGCGGCAGCCGCGGUGGCUACGAAGGAGGGCGCGGCGGCCGGGGUGGCGGCUAUUCGUCCUACAAUAAUGAUUCUAGAUACAACAGCAGCAGUACAAAUAGAUAUUCUUCGAGUCGCGACAGGAUGGAUGAUUCCUAUAAAAAACCAUAUAGAAUGGAAUCUGCUAGUUAUUCAAAUCGGGACUAUGGUAGAUCAGGAUCUCCAGAACGCAAAAGGAUGAGAAUGGAGGGUUCAUCGAGCGAUAGACGUAGUCACGAUGGCGGCAGCCACUACGGAGGCUCGUAUAGCAGUAGACAGGAGAGCUAUGGCGGCGACAGACGGUCUUUCGCCAGCGAGGACAGAAGGCGGUCGCCGGCUCGAGAGAGCUACCGGAAGCCCAGCGGCAUGGGCCCGCCGCGCGAGCCGCCGCGUAUGGCGCUGCGCCGCGCGCCUCGCCGCUCGUUCCGCGGCCGCACCAUGCGCUCGCGCGCCUCGUUCCGCGGCGCGCCACGCUCGCGGGGCUCCUUUGCCUCCAGGCGAUUUGGCGAACGAUCGCUGGGCUAUACCCGAGCAUUUAGACCCCUCAAAAGAAGCUCUAUAAAGUCAAAAGAAGAAGAAGAAGAUGAAGCGUCUUCGACGGAAGAGGACUGGGAAGCGGACGAGAAAGAAGAAGCAGUAGAAGAUAAAAAAGAAACUAAAAUCAAGUCCCCCAAGGGUGUGGGGCAGGACGAUGCGGAGGCGUCGGAGGGCGAGGCGGGCGAGGGCGGCGACGACACGGACAAGGAGCCGGACGCCGCGUCCGACAGCGUGCCGCCGCGCACCGCGCCCUACGUGCAUCUCUCCUGCGUGCACUGCAAAGAGAAGUGCCCCACGUUUUCUAGCUACGCUAAGCACCUGCUAUCGGGCAAACACCGCGCGGCGAUGAGCGGCGUGGCGCGGCGGCACAAGGCGCAGCUGCUGCGCAUGCGCAUCGCGCAGCGCGGCGCUCAGCGCGAGCUGGAGGGCGCGGCGGGCGCCGAGCUGGCGGCACGCACGGCCUUCUGUCUCGUGUGCCGCCUCAACCACCGCACCACGCGCCACGCGCACAACCUCACCGACACGCACCGCGCCAUGAAGCGCUUCCUGAUGCCCUUCUGCCGCAUCUGCCGCGUCACCUUCCGCUCGCCCAUGAUCUACGAGCACCACAUCUGCUCCAUCGAGCACCUCAAGAAAAAAGCGCAUCGCACCGCCCGCCGCGCCAGCCCGAAAGCCGAAGCCGAAGUUAGUGGUGAUGAAGGAAUGGACGUUGAUUUGGACAAUUUCAUGACGCUGGAUUCUGUAGGCGACGUAGAUGAGGUUGAAGACGACGACUCUAGCGGCGAGAAAAAAGAGGAAGUUGCUCCAAAAAAACCGAAAGUGGAGAUCAACAUUGGAAGCGAACACAUUAAAAAAAUGGAGGUGUGGUGGUGCGAGCUGUGCCGCGUGUAUCUGCCGCGCGCCGAGGCGGGCAGCGCGGAGGAGGCGGAGGCCACGCGGCGCCACUGCCGCCUGCGCGCGCAUCUCGGCCGCUAUGUGCAGCACCGCGACACGCGCACGCUGCGCCGCCACGCCGAGCGCAUCCACCGCCAGCUGCACCAGCAGAAAGGUAUUUUCUCACACCUGCAGGUCUGGUGCUGCGAGCUGUGCCGCGUGUAUCUGCCGCGCGCCGAGGCGGGCAGCGCGGAGGAGGCGGAGGCCACGCGGCGCCACUGCCGCCUGCGCGCGCAUCUCGGCCGCUAUGUGCAGCACCGCGACACGCGCACGCUGCGCCGCCACGCCGAGCGCAUCCACCGCCAGCUGCACCAGCAGAAAGAAGAGGAGAAAGAAGCUGCUGGAGGAGAAAAUGCCGAAAGUAAAGUAAAAGUUGAGAAAGCUGAAUCAACUGGGGACAAGAAAAAUUUGGAAAAUGGAGCUGAGGCUUCUAAUAUAUCAGGAAGUGAAGAUAAACUUUGGGCUGAUGUUGAUAAAGACAUAGGAGAGUUACUCCGUGAAGUGGACCCACAAGGCAAUGAAGCCAGCGAUGAUGAAGAAGAUCUUGGAAGAUAUGACAAAUUUCGUAAAAGCGACAAAAAAUCAAAGACUGGUGAUGGUGAAGAAUCUAACCCGAAAGGAGAAGACAGUACUAAUGAGAAAGUAACCAAUACUGAAACCAUUUCAUCUGCUUAAGAUUUUCAAUUUCUAAGGUUCUCGUAAUAUUAUAAAAUAGUGCACACUAUUAUUUGUUAUUUUAAGAUUCAUUAUGCAAUUAUUCGACAAUAGGUAAAAUAAUCCUGAUCCUGAAAUAUAAAAUAAAUAAGUAAA